CUUUAUUUAUUGGGUUUUCCUUUUUUGUUGUUGGCAGAUUACUUGAGAUAUAGGCAAACUACACUGGGUGCCUGUUUCUCUGAGUCUUCCUCCUUUACUUAUGUCUGCUUCCUGGGGCGUCAGCCACUGAACUCUGAACUCGCUCUUGUUGCUAGCGUUCCGUGCCUGUGCACACAAACUCUGCUGCUGGCUGCCGUCCCUGUGGAGAGCUUUGUGCCUAGCUUCUCUUUGACAAGCCUUGCUCAGUGCUGCACAGCUCACUUUCUGUCUUCAGUCUCGGGCUUCUCCGAAUCACGAGACAGGGACAGAAAUGAAGAGCCCAGGAGCCCAAGACAAUGUUUCAGUUUCCCAGGGUGUUCGAAUGAUGUUUUACAUGAUGAAGCCCAGUGAAACUACCUUCCAAACUGUCGAAGAGGUGCCUGAUUACGUUAAAAAGGCAACUCCAUUUUUCAUAUCCUUGAUUCUGCUUGAAUUAGUCAUCAGCUGGAUUCUCAAGGGGAAGCCACCAGGACGCCUCGAUGAUAUUCUUACAUCCAUGUCAGCUGGUGUUGUGUCUCGGCUUCCAAGUUUGUUCUUCAGGAGCCUUGAAGUGACCAGCUAUAUUUAUAUCUGGGAGAACUACCGACUUUUGGAUUUGCCUUGGGACUCUCAGUGGACGUGGUAUUUAACCUUCUUAGGAGUUGACUUUGGCUACUACUGGUUCCACCGCAUGGCCCAUGAGAUUAAUAUUAUUUGGGCUGCACACCAAGCACACCACAGUUCUGAAGACUAUAACUUAAGCACAGCACUGAGACAGUCUGUCUUGCAGCCAUAUAGUUCCUGGGUUUUCUACUCCCCUUUGGCCCUCUUCAUACCACCUCCAGUGUUUGCUGCUCAUAUUCAAUUCAAUCUCCUAUACCAAUUUUGGAUCCACACAGAGGUCAUCAAAAGCCUUGGUCCCUUGGAACUGAUUCUUAACACCCCUAGCCAUCACAGGGUUCAUCAUGGGAGAAAUCGUUACUGUAUAGACAAAAACUAUGCUGGCACUCUUAUUAUUUGGGAUAGAAUUUUUGGGACAUUUGAAGCAGAGAACGAACAGGUUGUAUAUGGUCUAACGCAUCCCAUUGAUUCAUUUGAGCCAUUCAAAGUUCAGUUUCACCAUUUGCUCCAUAUAUGGAAUACAUUCUGGGCCACACCUGGAUUCUUCCAUAAGGUUUCUGUCCUAUUUAAAGGACCGGGAUGGGGUCCAGGUAAACCAAGACUUGGCCUGAGUGAAGAAAUUCCAGAGGUAACAGGACGGGAAGUCCCCUUGUCAUCAGCAGCAUCCCAGCUCUUAAAGAUGUACACCGUCCUGCAGUUUGCAGUAAUGUUGGCAUUUUAUGAAGAGACCUUUGCCAGUACAGAGGUACUGUCUCAAGUCACCCUAUUUCUGAGGGUCUUCUUUAUUAUCCUGACCUUGACAUCCAUUGGUUUCCUUCUGGAUCAAAGACCUAUGGCAGCCAUUGUGGAAACGCUCCGUUGCCUGAUAUUCCUAACCCUGCACAGAUUUGGUCACUUAAAGUCUCUUAUUCCAUCUUUAUCAUUUCCAUUUGAGAUUUUCUUUUCUGUUUGCGUUGCUUUUUGGGGAGUCAGAAGCAUGAGACAAUUCACCACUGGCUCUUGGAAAUAAACCUACUUACUACAAAGAGGUCUCUCAAUCCUAUCAGGUGCCCAUGGCAUGGCACUACUACAUAAAGAUCGUUAUCUUAAAUACUGCCUACGGGAGGUACACGCAUAAUGAAAAAUCAAAGUACUUAUUUACCUAUGCUUCCCACAUUCAUUUCUCUGCAAAAAUUAAAGUGAAUUAUACUGUUUGCUCUCACUAAAAGCCAAGUUAUUUUAUAUACAUUGAGGCUGUGUUUGCUUUUCUUCUCUGUGGCAAUGAUUAUAGAAAGGAAAGUGUGGGCUGAAAAUAACAGAAUGAAAAUUACAUUUGUCUUGCUUGAUUUGACAACCUUUUCUUUAACAUUUUCUAAAACUAUGCUUAAAUAAAUCUCUGUAGUCUUUAGAAUGUGUUGGAGUCUAUGUGAGCUGGCAUUUGACUUUGUAAACUAAUGAUCUAUCUGUAUUGCACAUUACAUAAAAAGAAAUCAAUGAGAUGGAAAUGAUUAGAAUUGGAAAGAAUUACUUUGUUCAAAAUGUUAGUUUAUAAUAUAUACUUGCGAAAUUUUGGGUCAACUUGUUUCAGCGGCUUGAGGAGUAUAUUAUAAUUCAUGCUCUCUAAAAUUUACAUAAUACUGUUAAUAAAAGUGUCUGAACGGAA